GUGAGUCGGACAGCUUGGAGAGCCGUGGCUGUGCUCUGAAGCAGGGUGAGGGCUGACAGGGCUGUCCUCCAUGUUUUAACAAGCAUUGACAUAUCACACAGAGUUUGUAGCCAUGCAUCCACAGAGAUCAAAAGAGGAUUGAGUUUGUGUGGCUGCUCCUGGCCUAGGCUGUCAAGAUGGCAGGCCUGGUGAGGGAUCCGGGCAGGAUGGGAGAGACGGGGAGCAGUGCAGAGGGGAGUCCCCCGAGGAAUUAGCAGAUGUGUGUCAGAGGAAGAGGAGAAAACGGAGAUUACGACAGGAGGCAUGGAGAUCUCGACGCGAUCCAAGGUUUCGGACGCGGGGCCGACGGAGCGGAUGACCCAAAAACGAAAGAUGCCGAGUCCCUCUCCCUCGUCUAACGGUCACUCCUCGGCCGAGACGUCCCCCUGCCCUGUGAAAAAGAAGAAGAAGCCAGGUGCUGUGAGCAGCAGCAAAGACCAGUCCGAGCUCAGACACGGCCCCUUUUACUAUGUGAAGCAGCCGGCGCUCACCACAGACCCCGUCGAUGUCGUACCGCAGGACGGCAGGAACGACUUCUACUGCUGGCUGUGCCACCGCGAGGGCCAGGUGCUCUGCUGUGAGCUCUGCCCCAGGGUGUACCACGCCAAGUGCCUCAAACUACCAGCCGAGCCCGAGGGCGACUGGUUCUGUCCGGAGUGUGAGAAAAUAACCGUUGCAGAGUGUAUAGAGACUCAGAGCAAAGCCAUGAUGAUGCUAACUAUAGAGCAGCUGUCUUACCUACUAAAGUUUGCCCUCCAGAAGAUGAAGCAGCCAGGUGAUCAUCCCCGCUUGUCAUCUCGCUCCCCCCAUGCAGCUUCCACGCAGAGAAAGACUUUUAAUUGGACCGAACCCUUCCAGAAACCGGUCUCUCUCGAGCAGCAUCCAGAUUACGCAGAGUACAUCUUUCACCCCAUGGACCUUUGCACGCUUGAGAAGAAUAUUAAAAAGAAAAUGUAUGGCUGCACAGAGGCCUUCUUGGCAGAUGCAAAAUGGAUUUUGCACAACUGUAUUAUAUACAACGGAGGUAUGUUUAAUUGCAACCACAAACUCACGGCUACAGCUAAAGUGAUUGUAAAGAUCUGUGAACAUGAGAUGAAUGAGAUUGAAGUGUGUCCUGAGUGUUAUCUGUCCGCUUGCCAAAAGAGGGACAACUGGUUCUGUGAGCCUUGUAGUAACCCACACCCUCUAGUGUGGGCCAAACUGAAAGGAUUUCCAUUCUGGCCCGCUAAAGCUCUGCGGGACAAAGAUGGACAAGUGGACGCUCGCUUUUUCGGUCAGCACGACAGGGCUUGGGUGCCUUUAAACAACUGCUACCUCAUGUCCAAAGAGAUUCCGUUCUCUGUGAAGAAGACCAAGAGCAUCUUCAACAGCGCCAUGCAAGAGAUGGAGGUCUAUGUGGAGAACGUGAGGAAGAAGUUUGGAGUGUUUAACUACGCCUCCUUCAGGACGCCUUACAGUCCUGACAACAACUUCCAGAUGCUGCUGGAUCCCUCCAACCCGUCGUCCACCCCGAUCAAACCGGAGAAACAGGAGAAGAUCAAGCUGAGCUUUGAUAUGACGGCUUCGCCCAAGAUCUCUCUGGCCAGGACCAUGCUGUCUGGGCCCGGGGUGGGAGGGAGCUCAGCGGGCCGGCGGCUCCCCCUCAGUGAUAUGCCUCGCUCCCCCAUGAGCACCAACUCCUCUGCCCAUACUGGUUCGGAUGGGGAAACGGAGACAGCGGACAAGUCCCAGGCAAAGGCUCCAAACAGCCAGUACAGUACAGGAGAAGAGUCCAUGGACUGUACAGCAUCACCUGCCCAGCCUCGACCUUGUCCCGCAGGCAGUUCCUUAGACAGCCCUAAACCAUUCCACUCUCAAGCUCCCGGCGCUGCCAAGCAGGAGAAGACGCCGCCGACAGGAAGCAUACUAAACCUCAAUCUAGAUCGCAGUAAAGCAGAAAUGGACCUAAAGGAGCUCAGUGAGACGGUUCAGCAGAAACAAGGAGCCCCACCAGCCCUCACCUCUCCAAAGAGACAGAUCAAGAGCCGUUUUCAGCUCAACUUGGACAAAACCAUUGAGAGUUGCAAGGCACAGUUGGGCAUAGAUGAGAUAUCUGUUGAUGUGUACAAAGGUGUGGAACACAGUGACACGGAGGACUCUGAUAAAUCUGACUCCAGUGACAGUGAGUAUGCCAGUGAUGAGGAGCAAAAGACAAGAGAUGGUCCGGAUGAGGCACCCAGCGAUGAGGCCCAGCAGGAUUCUACCAAAGACCAACCUUCCCCGAGCCAAGAGGAGGGUGAAGCUGAUUCGUACGUGUCGUCCGAGACGACAGCGGACGACGCCACUGCAACAGCAUCCGAUGCUCCAACUAAAGAGCAAAUAAACACAGAGUCUGUAAAAGAGAGCCCGGAAAAGACCAAAGCGCCUCCGGCAUCACCUGUUCUCAGGGGGAAGGGUCAGGCGAAAGAAGGGGCAAAGCAGCCCGUUCCCGUGGAGGACUCUGACUCAGAGAGAGAGCUGGUUAUUGACCUCGGAGAGGAACAGGGAGGCAAGGACAGGAAGAGGAGCAGGAAAGACAACACCGCCGUUAAAGAGUCUUCUGCUGGUAAAACUGAAGGGAAAGCCCCGACCUCAUCGACACUCCCGUCUCAAAACAGUACAGCUCCCUCCACUCCCUCCAGCCUUUCCACACAGUCCUCCAUGGCAGUUCCUGUCACCAUGGUCUCCUUCACUACUCCCUCACCCGCAACCAUAAGCCUCGCAACCGUGUCCGGUGCCACCGCAACACCCCCCCCUUCCUCCUCCUCCUCCUCUUCUUCCUCCUCCUCCUCCUCCUCCUCCUCCUCAGCCUCGACCACACCGGCUUUGAAGAAACAGCGUCCUCUGCUGCCCCGAGAGACGGUGCCGGUGGUGCAGAGAGCCGUGGUGUGGAGUCCCACGUCCAAGUUUCAGACCUCCUCUCAGAAGUGGCACAUGCAGAAGGUGCAGCGGCAGCAACAGAACCAGCAACCCGCGGGCACCGCCCAGACGCAGGCGUCGUCUCCCAGGGAAGGCGAGGCUCAGGUUCUGACCCAGGCGCAGGCCACCGGGAACGGCUCCACAGCAGUGUCCUCCUCUUCGGCACAGCAGUCUUCUCAAAGCACUCGCUAUCAGACCAGGCAGGCUGUUAAAGCCGUUCAACAAAAAGACCCUCCACUCAGCACAUCCACGUCGGCUGUCACUCUGGUGUCCAGUAGCCCGUCUUCUGUUGCCAUGAUCGCGGCAUCAAGUUUAGGCACAGCAGCUACGUCGUCGCCCGUGGCGACCGACCUGUAUAUCCCCACAGCCUCCGCGGAUGUAGCUGCAGACAUUGCCAAGUACACAAACAAAAUAAUGGAUGCAAUCAAAGGUACAAUGUCUGAAAUCUACAACGACCUCUCGAAGAGUACUUCAGGAAAUACAAUAGCAGAGAUAAGACGACUGAGAAUCGAAAUAGAAAAAUUACAGUGGCUGCAUCAACAAGAGCUGUCGGAAAUGAAGCACAAUCUCGAGCUGACAAUGGCGGAGAUGAGGCAAAGUCUGGAGCAGGAGCGAGAGAGGUUGGUGAGCGAGGUGAAGAAACAGAUGGAGCUGGAGAAGCAGCAAGCGGCGGAUGAGACGAAGAAGAAACAGUGGUGUGCCAACUGCAGAAAAGAGGCCAUUUUCUACUGCUGCUGGAACACCAGCUACUGCGACUACCCGUGUCAGCAGGCCCACUGGCCAGAACACAUGAAGUCCUGCACUCAGUCAGCCACGGCCCCACAGCAAGAGCCCGAGGCCGAGUCGACCGCAGACCUCCCAAACAAAGGUUUAGGGCCGCCCGGCGGCGGCCCGAACUCUCUGAGAGACACGGCGGUCUCCGCACCGCCAGACAAAGACUGUGACGCGGAGAAGAGCUCGAACAACGUUGCUGUCACUCUGUCCUGAACAAGUUUAUCUGUACUUGAAAAUGUAAAUGUGUAUAGUUUGUUUUUUUUGCACUAUAUAAGGAUAUGUCUAUGUAAAUUGUUCUGAUUGAGCAGCUGUCGAGGGAGCAAUCUAAAUUAUUUUUAUUUAUAUAUUUUUGCUGCCUUUCAGGGCUCACAUACUGGCCCCCAGUGCACAGUGGUCUUUACAUUUUAAAUGUGGACUCAAGACUGACAGGCAGGUAGUUAGCAACCACUAGAGGGGGCAGUUUAAAAAGUGUACACUGCAUAUUCACGCACUGCUUUGCAGUCUAUAGAGAGCUGUCAGUAUCUUAAAAGCAUGCCUGAGUGUCUCGAAACAUACACCUAGUGUAAAGGACAACAGUUAAACAGUUUAACACUGCAAACAUGUAACCCGUGCUAAUGGACCACCCAGAUUUAGAUUAGACUGUUGACAGAGAUGUCUGUAAAUUCCUUAUUUUGUAUUCUAUGUUAAUUUAUUUGUUAUUCUAAUGUUGCCUGCUGUAUACUGCAAAGAAAAUAACAAAUACAAACAUUUUAAACAA